AUCGCAGUGAUGAUAUAACACAUACUACUGGCUCCGCGGUUUCGAGCAAUUGGUUCCAAAUCGAAGGAAAGUUGAACGGCCACGACAGUAAAAAUGAACAAGACGAUCUUUCUCGUUUGAGCCGCAUCGGAACCGCAACGUACAAGUUCUAUCCCUUCACCGCAAAACCGCAAAGUAUGCGAAGCCAUUUCCGAAAAGGUAUUAGUAACAGUAUUUCCUGUCGCCGAAUAUCAAAUUCAGAGAUAGGCGGGAUUUCUUUUGAGAAGAUAUGAAAUGCGGUUACAAAUCGAUCGAAUCGCUUGAUGGAAUUGAAUUCUUUGCGACUUAGCAUAUACCGUCAAUUAUUUUUAUAAUCUCGACCCAUCUGGAAAAAUGUGGCUUCUAGUUCAUAUUUUUAAAUAAACAAAAUACCGAGUCUAUUAAACUCGCGUGCGCGAGCAACUGCAAAAAGCGCGCUGGUAGCCGAAGAGACGGAAGAGCCGUAGCUCUUCGGGAAUGUAGCAUUGCGAACGCUUUUUGACCGUGUGAUUCACGGACGAUCUGGCAACAACGGGGCCCAAGGAGCAGCGAUCUUGCGGGAGUACAAGUCCCGUGAGAUAGAGACACGGUGAACACGGGCGGAAAGAGGAGCCGCAUAGGUACCAGCCGCGGUGCGACUGAGCUGAAGAGACGAUGGAAGACGGGAAGAGAGAAAGAGCGAGAGAGCGAGAGAGCGACCGGCCUCUGAGAUUGCCCGUGAGGCAGCAUAGUCGAGCGCGAGGACCGGGUCCAGCGCUCAUAAAACGAGUUCGUCUUGAGAGGCUUCAAAGUUUACCAGAGGAUUUUCCUCUGUCGCGCGUGUCGAUCUUCCCCGAAAUCGCCAAGACCGGUGGCAGGCACGUUUCAAAGCGAAAGUCGGAAGGAAAAGGAUAUAACGAUGCUCGACUAUUGCCUCGUCCAUGUGACCUGCUAGGAAUUAGUUCCUCUCGUGCUCCCGACGAGCGUCUCACUGAUCCGGUUGUGUGCAAAGGGACGAGCACGAGAACAAUGGGAACGAGAGCUGUUGCCGUUGCGGCGGCGGCAGGUGCUGCCGGGAUGUCUGGCGAGGCGGGAUUGGCUGGUGUACCAAGACUGCUGGAGGAUCUGGCGCGACUCUCGGAGGAUAAGGACUCGGCUGAUAUCGUGUUCCUGCUAGGGAGGGACGAGACCCCCGUUUAUGCCCACAGAAUAAUACUUCAAGCCAGGUGCAAGAACUUCACGGCCGCCAAGAGAAUCGGCACGGCCGGCAAUCCGACACCGGUACGAAUGCCACACGCGCAUCCAGAAACGUUCCGCCAGUUUAUCCGGUACAUCUACACCGGUAUGAUAAUACUACAAGAUACUGGGAUUUUCGAAAUGCUGGGUCUCGCGCAGGAACUUGGUAUAGAGGAGCUUUGGAGAAGUUGCGAGGAGCACGUGUCUGUUACUUUAAGUCCCGGAAACGCGUGUGCACUUUUAACCGCCGCUUUGGAGGCCCAGGAACGAGUUCCAGGAGGAAAGGCUGCCUGCUCAUCUUUUGUCGAGAAAUGUUUCGCUUUUAUCAGCGAAAAUGCCAUGGAUACAGUGAAGACGACAGCGUUCUGUAAUCUCCCAAAGGACGCUUUAGUAAAAUUGAUAUCGUCGGAUUAUCUCGGUUUGGAAGAAGAGGACGUAUGGCGGGCGGUCCUGAAUUGGGCGAAGUAUCAGGCAGGAGUUACGCAGCCCACGCAGCACUGGACCGAGGAAGAGCGCAUGAGGGUGUGCCAGCACUUGUCCGGUGUAAUAAACCACGUACGGCUGCUGUUGAUCGACAGCCAGGUGUUUGCGGAGGAGGUCGAGCCGACCGGUGCGGUGCCGAUAGAGAUGUCGUUGGAGAGGUACGAAUUUUUCAAUCCCGAUCGAUCGAGCGGCUCGAAAUUUCUAAGGUAUAGGUAUGCAGCUCUGCCGAACAAGUACUCGGAAGUGUGCUCCGACAAGCGAUUGCAGCCGCGAGUGAGCCCGUUUCUCUUUCCGGGCUCGCAGAUCCUUUCCAGGGACAAGGUCGGCUUCCAACGGGUCCUGAAUCAGUGGUACGGUGUGUCGAAACAGGGAUGGCGACUGGUCUACCGAGCGUCCACUCACGGCUACUCAGCGGCGUCUUUUCACCGGCACUGCGACAACGUUUGCCCGACGUACGUGAUAGUGCUGGGAGUGCGCGGCGAGAUAUGUGGAGGGUACAGCGACGUCCCGUGGGGUAAAACUAACUCGAAGGCGCAAUACAUCGCCUCGGAAAAGAGCUUCCUUUUCACAUUGACGAACAAUCAAGACGUACCGCCGACGAAGUUCGACAUCGUGAAAAAAUCAUUCGCGAUCUGCUACCAUCCGGACAUAGGGCCGAUCUUUGGUGCCGGAGCUGAUCUGCUUAUAUCGAGUAACUGCAAUGUCAACAAGGAGAGCUACAGCAAUCUCCCGCAUAGCUACGACGGCGACCACGCAUCUAAUCAGUUGCUUAUGGGGGACUAUCAUUUCUCGGUAAUCGACUACGAGGUUUUCACCCCGAGUCAUCCUGCCCCCAAAUCUAAUCACUAAAAUACCGUGAUAAAACCAGCGUUUGCAUACACAUUGCUGCUCUCGUAAUAAAUAUUUGUCACGAGCAUUAUAGUGAUUUACCCUCCGCGGGAAUUAUUUUAUAUUACAUAUCGAAAAGUAAUUUACUUAAUUCAUUCGUCACACAAAUCGUACUCUUUUUAUUCACGCAUGUCACUUCAAAGCAACGUCAUACACAAAGACUGAUUACUUUUUACCCCUUAUACGUAUCUUUAUUAUUUUAUUUUACUUAUAUCAGAUACGCAUCUAUAGACUUUUUGUAAUAAUUCUUGAAUAAAUGGCAAACCUACCGUUUCGAUCACUUAAGUGAUACUUAUUUGAUUCAGUA